AUGGGUCAAGCUAUUAGUAAUAAUUUGAAUUCAACUAAAAUAAUCAAUAGCAAUCAGACAAUACUACCAGAUUUGAUAUGGAGAUUAAUCAUUGAACAACUAUCAUAUGAUCAAUGUAGAAAUCACCAACACGAUUUCAAUGUAUUAUCAUUGUCAUUGAUAUCUCAUUAUUGGUUAGUGAAUAUCGUAGCUAAAUCAUCACUUAAAAUCACAACACUUCAUAGUAAAUGUAAAUUCUUAUUAAACUAUCCGAAAUCAUAUCAUAUAUCAUUAAAGAAAUUAAACAAAACAACAAAUAAUAAUAAUCAAAGAAAUAAUAAUGAUAAUAGAGAUAUAAAAUUCAAUAUUGGUAAAUUCACAUUGAUAUACUCUGAUAAUUCAAUAACAUAUCAGUGGAUUGAACAAUAUAAUGAUGCAAUAAGCUCUUAUUGGUCAUUCAGUUCGAUGAGUGUUAUUGAUUUACCAGAGAUUCAGGAUAUAAAGAAACUCUCUGUUGCUUCUCGACUCAGAAAACUGAGAAUCUACUGCAAGAGCAAUUACCACAUCGAAGAUUGGACUUUGUUACCAAAUUUAGAGGUUCUAUCGCUUCGUAGUAACAGUACAAACAAUUCAAGACCAUUCGUAUUGCCUGGCAGAGAUGAACCACCAUUCCAAACACUUCGAUCAUUAACACUCUCAAUAAAUUUCAACAACAAAAUUCCAUUGUUUUCAAGUGGCAACAUCAAAGAUCAAUGCUUUACAAAUAUUCAGACUCUUGAAUUGAAUCACUAUCACGCUGUAGAUUGGAGUCAUGGCGGAGGUGAUCAAACACCAAUCGACAUCAAUCUAUUUCCAAAUGUAAAGAGACUCAAAUUGAAUCAUAUCUAUCAUAGAUUGAUUCAUGCCUUAUCUACUCAUCCAUCAGACGAACCACCUUCAUUGCUGGCAGGACUGACAUCAAUCCGACAUCUUUCAAUAACAAACAGCAACUCAAAGGGAUAUAAGUUCAAUGUCUUUUCUCCAAAUUUACUCAUGGAGUACGAGUUUACUAUGAACUUAACGCACAAAGUAUUCAAAAAGGAUAUUGUGUCGAUUGGUCAUCGCUUGGAAACUCUAAAGCUCAAGGGCGAACUCUCAUUGUUCCGUUCACUCUUACCAUCGAUUGAACUACUUGUUAAUCUGAGACGAUUGUCAUUACCAACAAAAGUUUCUAUUGAUACACAUACCAUUAAGACACUUUUCAAAUUGGAUUCACUCAUUCAAUUGACUGCUACAUUCAAAGUAGUCGAUGAAAGCACAGAUAAGAUCAACGACAAUGAUACUGACUUUCCAGCUACUACACUGGCUGACACAGAUUUACAAUAUUUCAUAGAAGCCAAUAGAACUAUUAAAUAUUUGAAGGUUUGUCAAUUUACCAAGAUGGAACAUGAGCACUCAUUGUUGAUGAAGCUAUUGGAAACUAGCCACAUUCUAGAAGAUGUUAGAUUUUUAUGUGUGAAGCCAACAACGAAAACAACAGCAACAACAUUCACCGUUAGCAACAAACUAACGGUAUCAUUUAUGAACGACAACCUUUUUAAACAACCAAAACAAAAAACCAAAUCCGAUUAUCUACCUCACCCAAUUAAUCCACUUGAUCAAAUAGUUAAUAUGUCAAUAGCAUUAACAACACAAAUAUUUUUAAAAAAUAUUUAA